AUGGCUGACAUUGCGGUGAGGCUGGCCCGGAAGGGGAAGUUGGCGGCGGUGAUCUUCGUCAUUGGAAAGGGUAUGCCAUAUGACCUGUCCUUCCAAGAGUGCUUUAAGUACUUUUGGGACUGGCUCAAGAACUACCACAACCACUUCAUUAUCGUGCACACCAAGUGGUCCAUGUUAGAGCCGGGUGCCGAAGCAGAAAGGGCCGCCCGCGAAAGGGAGUUUUCGGAGGUCUUCGGCUUCACCGACGUUGACACGGUAAAGCAAGUCUUCAUUGACUCGAAGUGGGAGGAUGAGGAUCCCGGGGAGCGUGACUGCAUGGCAUUUAACCAGCAGAAGAAAGCGUUGGCUAUUAACAGCAUGAACGCACUGAUCACUGAGAUUGCCCUGGCGUCGAACAUUGACUGUGCCAUGCUCCCCUUCAGGAAGACACGGCGGAUGCAUGAAGUGGACAGGCAGCUGAUUGCCGGGGCAGAGGCUGCUUUAGAUGCUGCACAAGCAACACUUGACACCACAGAUAGAGAUCUUGCCGUACUUAACAAAGAAAUGCGAGAAAUCUCCAGGCGGGUUGCGGAGGGUGAGAGUCACACGGCGCCCUUGAUGUGCAGACUUGAAGCAAUUGACGUCGACACCGAUGUUGAGAUUGCUCGCAAGGAAGCUUGGAUCUAUUGGUUCUGGGGCUGGCGAUGCCUACGAGUAGAAACCAGGGUGCCUAUCAGCAACGUAGUCACGACCGACGGCACGUUCCGUAUCAGUUGGACAGACUGGGAACGCACGGCAUUUUCAGUCCAAGUGACCUGCAGCACCGGCUUGGUGCCAACAUUCUACAUGGGCAGCUUGGUUGUUUAUGGAGCAAGCCGACACGUACAUGCUGCCGAAAUUGCACAGAUCAAGGCUGAACUGGAGCCCAUCCGAGCGAAAAUAAAGGAGGACCAGGAAGAUCUGAAACACAAGCAAGAUGCGGAGAAGUAUGCAAAAGAGGUCCUGGAAGGCCUGAACAAGCUCAUUGAGGAGAACACCUUGGUGAGUCGAGUUGCUUCAAUGCAGGAACUGCGACUCGACCAACUGGGAGCUGUACAUGAGUGGUACAAGGCGGCAGUUGGCAAGCAACUCUCCUCCAGCGAUCUUCGGGAGUACAUUCAGCUGCUGGGCUCCCUGCCGGUGAGACCCGCGACGUCCAGCUUUGCCGGCUGA